UGAUUUAUUCUGUUGACAAUUAAAUACCGAGAUUGCCCUUGGGUAUUCACCGUAGAACAUAGGUAAGAGCGUGUUUAUUAAAACACAAGGAUUGCGUGUGGCAGAGAGAUCAGAACUGAAACUCGAACUGCAUCUUGUGAAUCUUGAGUUAGGCCAUGGCAGGGUCUGGGAGUUCCAUGAUGUAUUCCUUUCUUCUAUUCAUUGUCAUCCUCUCACUUCAAGAAAUGUACCGUGGGAAACUUGCGUCGUCGGAAUUAUUCACAAUACUUGGAGGGUUCACUAGCUCUCUCCUAUUUCUUGUUCUCCUAACUUUCAUUGGAAAUUUUCAGGAGACUGCCGGUGCAAAAUCUGGCUGGGGUGCUGUCAUAAUAGCAGAAGUAGUUGCAUUGAUUGCUGCAAGCACUGUCCACCGAGUAUGCAUCACUACAUGUUUCCUGUUCUCGGCUGUGUUGCUCUAUGAGGUUAACAAGCUUUCUGGAUCAGCUGUUUCAACAAGUGACUCCAGAACCAAAAAGCAAAGUGGGAGAGCUUAGUCAUUUUGUAUGCUUACUGUUAAAGCAUCUAUAGAGAAUUUUCCCUAGUCGCAAUAGUUUUACAACCCUGGUAUCAUAACUUAUAAGAUGAGCGUUUUAUGAUUUAUGAUUUAUCUGACACUUAAUUUUACACUUAUAUUGGUAUGGUAUGAUUUGAAAGAUGUGCAUUAAACUAAAAUCCAAUCAGUCAUUUUUUUAUUA